AUGUCGGACAACAAGAUUGACGAGUCGAUCGACAAGGCGCGGUCGGGGGCCAAGAACCUAAUCGACAAGGCGUCGGACGGGUCCAAGAAGCUGGCCAAGGAUGCGAAGAAGGGCCUCGAGAAGGGCGAGAGCGAGCUGCAGCGCGCAGCGGAGCGCGUGGGCGAGUGGUUGAGCGGCGCUGCGGCGGGCACGUGGGACGUGGCGGCGAAGACGGCGGGCGCGGCGCGCGACGUGGCGUCGAAGGUGUUUGUGGAGCUGCAGAACCCGGUGGUGGCGGUCAACGCGGUGUUAGGCGGCGGCGCGCUGAUGGCGUGGCUGCACGGGUAUGCAGAGCACCAGAGCCGGUACUUGCAGGGCAAGACCGACCGGGCGAUUCUGGCGACCGUGGGCGGCGUGGCGGCACUGGUGGCGGCCGACGGGCUGCUCAGCUAUAAGUACUAUCGGCAGUUUGACCGGAAGUAG